AACACCGUCUUCCAACCUGUUUUUGUCUUCUUGCAUUCGUCCCCCUGUCAUUUUUAAAUUCAUGGCAAAUGUUUUCAUUUUUAUAUUUGCGACCCUACAAGGGACAAGCGGUACAAAAUGGAUGGAUGGAUGGGUUUGACAGUUGUAUCUUUACAUGGAACAUCUCUCAUACUGGGCUUUGGUGUCUUAUUUGUGCAUAACAUGUGUGAAUGUGUGUGUAAAUGUUGUCUGUCAAUAUUGUGUUGGCUCUGCGAUGAGGUGGCGACUUGUCCAGGGUGUACCCCGCCUUCUGCCCGAAUGCAGCUGAGAUAGGCUCCAGCCACCCUCUGUGUCCCCAAAAAGGACAAGUGGUAGAAAUGGAUGGAUGAACGGGUCUGAUAUCACGGGGCGUGUGUGUGUGUGUGUGUGUGUGUGUGUGUGUGUGUGUGUGUGUGUGUGUGUGUGUGUGUGUGUGUGUGUGUGUGUGUGUGUGUGUGUGUGUGUGUGUGUGUGUGUGUGUGUGUGUGUGUGUGAGAAAGAGAGGACCAGGCUUGUUGUCCACGUGACAUAUAGUUCAGCACCAUGGACAGUGACUUUGUCAUCACUGGUCUACAGUUGGAAUUCACUUUCUGCUUUUGGCUUUGUUGUUAUUGCUUUCAGUUUUGUUAUUUACUGCUUUUUAAUCCUGUAUCUAAAUGUCGACAUUGUGUGAAUAAAUCUGCACAUUUUAUUUUAGCAAAUUACAUUUUAGCAGAUUUUUAUUGACAAUACUAAAUACAUAAUUGUGAAUUAGUUGUAUUGUGUUAAGUCUCUUGAUGGGUCAGUGUGGAUAUUUGUCCUUUUCAAAUCUUGUUUUGCCUGCACUUACACAGUGUGAACUCUUGGGGACGCUGUUGCCCUUUUUUUGCAGUUUGCUUUUUUAUUUUUUUUUUUGUUGCCUUUGUCACAAUCCACUCAGUACGUUGAGGGAAGACGGCGUCAGUCGAAGGAGGAGCGCAUUCUGCACGGAUAUUUUCUACUUUGGAUUGAACACCCACGUUAAAAAGAAGUAGCGCUGCUUUUUUUGUAUUUUCCUAUUUUUACAUCCAUUGGAUUUAGUUACAAAAAGGGAAUAAAAGGCCGUGGCUGGAGUGGAAUCAGCCAGGACAAUGAGACGGCAAGUAUUGUUCAUUUCCAUCUUCUGCAUCAGCUGCGUGAUAGGGCAGGUCACCUACUCCAUACCAGAGGAAAUGCCAAAAGGGUCUUUAAUCGGCCACAUAGCCCGAGAUUUGGGUUUAGACGUCAAGAGGCUGAGGGCGGGCAAAGCGCGUAUUUACACGGGAGACAGCGCGCAGUACAUCGAGCUGAACAGAGAACGAGGGGUCCUCCUGAUAAAGGAAAAAAUCGACAGGGAGAUGUUGUGCAGGCAGACCACGCCCUGCGCGCUGCAUUUCCAAAUCACGCUUGAAAACCCGCUCGAAUUGUUCCCCAUCACUGUGGAAAUCACGGACAUCAAUGACAAUGCGCCACUGUUCCAGAAAGAUGAAAGGCAAUUCGAAAUCAGCGAAUCUGCCGUGGUGGGAUCCAAAUUCAUGCUGGAGAAAGCGUUUGAUGCUGAUAUAGGACUGAAUGGUCUUCAGCGGUACACACUGACGCCGAGUGACAGCUUUACGCUCAAAUUGCACAGUCAGUCGGAUGGCAGUAAAAAGGUGGAAAUGGUGCUGCAAAAGCCGCUGGACAGAGAGAAACAGGAGCGUGUGGCUUUGGUUUUGACCGCCGAGGACGGAGGAGAACCGCAGCUGAGUGGAACCAUGCAAAUCCACGUCAAUGUUCUCGAUAUAAACGACAACGCGCCGGUAUUCAGCAAAGCCGCGUACAAAGCGAGCAUCACGGAGAACUCCCCCGUUGGGACGCUCAUCACUAAAGUGAGCGCGUCGGACGCAGACAAGGGCGCGAACGGAGACGUGGCGUAUGUGAUAGGAAACAGCAUGGACACCGCGUCCAAGUUAUUUCACAUUAACGGCGAGGGUGACGUCACACUGAAUGGCGCAAUAGAUUAUGAAAAAGAGAAAAUAUACCACGUGGACAUAGAGGCUAUUGAUCAAGGGGGGUUGUCUGAUUCUAGUAAAAUAAUUAUUGAUGUCAUCGAUGUGAAUGACAACAGCCCCGUCGUCAAUAUGAUUUCAUCAUCUGGAUCUGUGCCAGAAGAUGCCAGCCUUAAAACUGUCAUAGCUUUGAUGAGCGUCAGUGACCCGGAUUCUGAUGCUAAUGGUCAGGUCCACUGUGCGAUAGGUGAAAAUAUACCUUUUGCGAUUAAAACGACGUCAAAUAACUUCUACAGUUUAAUGACGGACAGUGAAUUAGACCGAGAGAGGUCAAGUGAGUAUAACAUCACAGUGAUGUGCUCUGAUGAGGGAGUGCCCUCCCUCUCCAGCAGCGUCACUCUCACCUUACACAUCUCAGAUGUGAACGACAACGCACCUGUCUUUGAGAGGAGCUCCUAUGAGGCCUCCAUUGUAGAAAACAACACUCCAGGUCUUUCUAUAUUCACCGUGAAAGCCAGAGACGCUGACUGGAACCAGAACGCUCGCCUCUCUUACAUGCUGGAGGACUCCUCUGUUAACGGAGUGGCGGUCUCCUCAUAUGUGUCUGUUAGUGCUGAUAGUGGAGUCAUCCAUGCAGUGCGCUCUUUUGACUACGAGCACCUGAAGGAGUUUAAUUUCCGCGUCAGAGCUCAGGAUGGAGGCUCCCCUCCUCUCAGCAGCAACGUGAGCGUUCGCGUCCUGAUCCGGGACCAGAACGACAACGCCCCCCAGGUCCUGUACCCGGUCCAGACGGGCGGCUCGGUGCUGGCUGAAAUGGUGCCUCGUUCAGCAGAUGUGGGCUAUCUGGUGACUAAAGUGGUGGCUGUGGAUGUGGACUCUGGACAGAACGCCUGGCUCUCCUAUAAAGUGCAGAAAGCCACAGACAGGGCGCUGUUUGAAGUGGGCCUACACAAUGGAGAAAUAAGAACUGUCCGCCAAGUCACUGAUAAAGAUGGCGUCAAACAAAGACUGAGUGUUCUAGUGGAGGACAACGGGCAGCCCUCUCGUUCAGCUACAGUCAUUGUUAACGUGGCGGUGGCGGACAGCUUCCCUGAAGUGCUGUCAGAGUUCACUGACUUUAGCAUGCACGACAAGGAGUACAAUGACAAGCUGACUUUUUACUUAGUCUUGGCUUUGGCUGUGGUCUCCUUCCUCUUCAUCACCUGCUUGCUGCUCAUCAUAUCAGUCAAAGUGUACAGGUGGAGACAGUCUCGCGUCCUGUACCACUCCAACCUCCCUGUCAUUCCAUAUUAUCCACCACGUUACUCAGACACUUUGGGGACAGGGACUCUCCAACACGUGUACAAUUACGAGGUGUGCAGGACCAGCGACUCCAGAAAAAGUGACUUGAAGUUGGACAGAGCUGCUAGUCACAACGUGCUGGUGAUGGACCCCAGUUCUACAGGAACCAUGCAGAAGAUACACAGUGAAAGGAACAUCCUGGAUGAACCUGACUCUCCUUUAGAGGUUGGUCACUUGUGUUUUAUUUGAGUUCUACACUAAAUGCUGGUAUUUACCUGUCGUAUGGUUCUGAAUAACUAAAAAUGUUCUUCACAUAAGCUGUGGAUCUUUGAUCAGUUCUUUCCUUCUUUGGAGUAUAAAGGUUGUGUCUUGGUGUAGGUUUAACGUUGUCCUAUACACCUUUAAUACAUGGUGAUUUAAACAGUGCUCUGUGAGAUGUUCAAAGCUUGGGAAACUGCAUUGUUAACUUACUUCGUUUUAAAAUUCUCCACAAUUUUUUCUCUUACAAGUUUUGCAAGCUCCUUAGACUUUAAGAUGUUUGCUCUCUUUCUCUGUUAAUAAUUCUCUGAGGUCAUCACAUAGUAGCUGCAUCUUUUCUGAGGUUAUAGUAAACACACCUGCUACUCAAUUGAAUUAUUAUGUCAAUAUUUGAUCAUUCAGCAAUCAUCAGACAACUUCUAAAGGUAUUUGGUUGCACUCAAAGCAGGCUGAUUCCUUCUACACGUCACACGUUUCAGUUUUUUAUUCUAAUCGAAACCCCAACUGUCUUUCGACUUCACAAUUUUAUACCCGUCUGUGUUGUUCUUUCACAUAAAACUACAAAUAAAUUACGUUUACGUUCCUGGUUGUCAUGUGGAACAUUUCAAAAGUGUAUGAGUAUUUUACUAGCCACUGUUUAUACAUGCAGGCUAUUGCUACUGCCUGAUGUCAGCUCUUUGUGUUACUCUUAAGAUGUUGUAGUUGGAGAUGUUUGCUUGUCCUGUGGAUGAAGUGGCCAUUUUUAUGGUCAUGAUGCAGUGUAAAAGUAUGCAUCAUUAUAUUCAAACAACUUGGCAUCACGUAUUUAAUUUAGCUAUGCAAUAUCGGAAACAAAUGUUGGACAAACACCCUAGUGGUUAGUUGGAAAGAUAAUAGUUGUAAAAAUGAGUGUUUGGUUUUUAUGUUAAAGAAGGACAUUUGCACAAAGGCCUUGCAGUUUGCCCUCUCUACUUCUACCAUUUAUUUACAUCACAAUUGACUAAAUCCUAAAUGUGUUUAUCCUUUUUUUUUCAUAAUCGUAUAGCCUAUGUCAGGGAUGUCCAAAGUGCGGCCUAGGGGCCAUUUGCGGCCCCCAGCUAAUCGUUUACCGGCCCGCCACACAUUCUGCAAAAAUUACAAAAUUGAUAGUAUUGCAAAAAUAAAUAAAAAAACAUUUAAAAAAGUGGAAUGAGGUGAAAUCUAAGGAGAAAAAGUGGCAAUGUUGACACAAAGCUGCCAAGCAGGCAGUUUUUUUGUUCCUUUUGUAUUUUUUUUUUUUCCAUUGCUCAAAAAAAAAGGACAAAAAAAAUCUAUGUUAUAAUGAAUUAUUAUUUAAAAAUUAUCACUUUAAAAUGUUUUAUGUGGAAAAAAUAUUGCCUAUGUUGUGUGGUUGCCAUAUAAAAACAUCAAAGUUUUGACAAAAGAGCCCAAAACAAACGAAAUAAUAGUUCAAACUUAUAAUCGACAGAUAUAUCGGAAGUUGAUCUUGAAAUUUAAGUGUUAAAAGUUUAAAAAAAAAAACCUAAUAAAAAUGCAUCACUUUAUGAGUGGGGAACCUUCCGGAUCUCAAAUAUAUUUAGUAGGAUUUUAUUUAACUUUUCACUGUGAUUACUCAAAAAUAUUAAAUUAUUAAAUCAAUGGUGUCCUGCAUUAUUGAUCUUUGAGGGCUUUAAUUGUUAAAUAAAGGAACUCUCCUGAAGGAAUCAAUAAAGUACUAUCCAUCUAUCUAUCUAUCUAUCUAUCCAUCUAUCCAUCUAUCCAUCUAUCCAUCUAUCCAUCUAUCCAUCUAUCCAUCUAUCCAUCUAUUUAUCUAUAUAUCCAUCUAAAUACUGCAUAUUUCAGUUUUACUAUAAAAAACAAAGUUGUCUUUGACAGAAAAGGCAUAAAACCUUAUUUGUUUUACUUUAUAUCAACCUCAAGUUGAUAUAGAGAUGUACUGUAAGCAUUAAAUAAAAAUAAUAAUAAUAAUUGGACUUAUUUUUAACAUAUUAGUGACUGAGACCCUCUAUGC